AUGAAUGCUUCCUUGACUUUAAAGCCUCAUAUCGCACUACCUGGCGGGUAUGAGACAUUAGCCACGCCUAGAGAUUCUCAAGCUGUGGUUCGCCCUGUCCUUCCCUUACUAACAGGUCCAAGUCAGAGGAGGGGGAGCGUCCCAAGCCCAGUCCAGUUGGUUCACCUCAAUGUAAUCGACCCUGCACCUUUUUUCAUUCGAGUUCCGAACGAGUUUCAUUCCUUCACAUCCUUACCACUAGUUGAGUCGUUUCUACUCUGCCCACUUCCAGAAGCAGAAAUGGCUACCGGGCUAUAUCUUUCAGAUGUCGGGGAACAACUUCUUUACCAAAAGGUCCGCUAG